GGGCCUGAGCUGCCCCGCACAGGAUGCCCCGUGCCCCCUACUCCAUGCCCUUGCUGCUACUGCUGCUGCUGCUCUCGCUUCCCCAUACCCAGGCCGCCUUUCCCCAGGACCCCCUCCCUCUGUUGAUCUCUGACCUUCAAGGUACUUCCCCAUUAUCCUGGUUUCGGGGCCUGGAGGACGAUUCUGUGGCUGCAGAACUUGGGCUGGACUUUCAGAGAUUCCUGACCUUGAACCGGACCUUGCUAGUGGCUGCCCGGGAUCACGUUUUCUCCUUUGAUCUUCAAGCCCAAGAAGAAGGGGAGGGGCUGGUGCCCAACAAGUAUCUAACAUGGAGGAGCCAAGAUGUGGAGAACUGUGCUGUGCGGGGAAAGCUGACGGACGAGUGCUACAACUAUAUUCGUGUUCUUCUUCCCUGGGACUCCCAGACGCUCCUUGCCUGUGGAACGAACUCAUUCAGCCCUGUGUGCCGCAGCUAUGGGAUAACUUCGCUGCAGCAGGAGGGUGAGGAGCUGAGUGGGCAGGCUCGAUGCCCCUUUGACGCCACCCAGUCCAACGUGGCCGUCUUUGCAGAGGGCAGCCUGUACUCAGCCACAGCUGCGGAUUUCCAGGCCAGUGAUGCUGUAGUUUACAGAAGCCUCGGGCCUCAGCCCCCACUCCGCUCCGCCAAGUACGACUCCAAGUGGCUCCGAGAGCCACACUUUGUCCAUGCCCUGGAGCAUGGAGACCAUGUCUACUUCUUCUUCCGCGAGGUCUCUGUGGAGGAUGCCCGACUGGGGAGGGUGCAGUUCUCCCGAGUAGCCCGAGUGUGUAAACGUGACAUGGGCGGCUCGCCUCGGGCCUUGGACCGCCACUGGACAUCCUUCCUGAAGCUGCGGCUCAACUGCUCUGUCCCUGGGGACUCUACUUUCUAUUUUGACGUCUUACAGGCCCUGACUGGGCCUGUGAACCUGCAUGGCCGCUCUGCUCUCUUUGGGGUCUUCACUACCCAGACCAAUAGCAUCCCUGGCUCUGCUGUCUGCGCCUUCUACCUGGAUGAGAUUGAGCGUGGGUUUGAGGGCAAGUUCAAGGAGCAGAGGAGUCUGGAUGGGGCCUGGACUCCUGUGUCUGAGGACAGGGUCCCCUCACCCAGGUACCCAAGACGGAGUUGCUUUUGUGGGGGCAGAUGCUGUUUGCUUCUGCAAGACGGGAUUAUGAGGAGGGGGCCAGGAUCCUGUGCAGGAAUAGGGGGAGCUGCCUUGUUCUCCUCUUCUCGAGACCUCCCUGAUGACGUCCUGACCUUCAUCAAGGCUCACCCGCUGCUGGACCCCGCUGUGCCACCUGCCACCCAUCAGCCUCUACUCACUCUCACUAGCAGGGCCCUACUGACCCAGGUAGCUGUGGAUGGCAUGGCUGGUCCCCACAGUAACAUCACAGUCAUGUUCCUUGGCUCCAAUGACGGGACAGUGCUGAAGGUGCUGCCCCCAGGUGGGCGAUCUGGGGGACCUGAGCCGAUCCUCCUGGAAGAGAUUGAUGCCUACAGCCCUGCCAGGUGCAGUGGGAAGCGGGCAGCCCUAACAGCACGACGGAUCAUAGGGCUGGAGCUGGACACUGAGGGUCACAGGCUCUUUGUGGCUUUUUCUGGCUGUAUUGUCUACCUCCCUCUCAGCCGGUGUGCCCGGCAUGGGGCCUGUCAGAGGAGCUGUCUAGCUUCUCAGGACCCAUACUGUGGAUGGCACAGCUCCAGAGGCUGUGUGGAUAUCAGGGGACCUGGUGGGACUGAUGUGGAUCAGGCUGGGAACCAGGAAUCCAUGGAGCAUGGUGACUGCCAAGACGGAGCUACUGGGAGUCAGUCUGGCCCUGGGGAUUCUGCUUAUGUGCUUCCUGGUCCUGACCUUGGGACCCUCAGUCCCCCCAGUGAUGCCCACCCCCGGCCCCAGUCUUCCACUCUUGGAGCUUACACUCGGGGCGUGCGCCGGGACCUGCCCCCAGCCUCAGCCUCCCGCUCCGUCCCCAUCCCACUCCUCCUGGCCAGUGUGGCCGCAGCUUUCGCCCUGGGCGCCUCAGUUUCUGGCCUUCUGGUCUCCUGUGCUUGUCGCCGCGCCCACCGACGUCGAGGCAAGGACAUCGAGACUCCGGGGCUCCCGCGCCCUCUUUCCCUCCGCAGUUUGGCCCGGCUCCACGGCGGGGGCCCAGAGCCCCCGCCGCCCUCCAAGGACGGCGACGCGGUGCAGACGCCGCAGCUGUACACCACCUUCCUGCCGCCUCCCGAGGGCGUGCCCCCGCCGGAGCUGGCCUGCCUGCCCACCCCCGAGUCCACGCCGGAGCUGCCGGUCAAGCACCUCCGCGCCGCCGGGGACCCCUGGGAGUGGAACCAGAACAGAAACAACGCCAAGGAGGGCCCGGGCCGCUCUCGGGGCGGGAACGCGGGGGGCGGGUUCGCUCCCCGCGUGCUGGUGAGGCCGCCACCUCCCGGCUGUCCCGGGCAGGCGGUGGAAGUCACCACCCUGGAGGAAUUGCUGCGCUACCUGCACGGUCCGCAACCGCCCAGGAAGGGGGCCGAGCCCCCACUUCCUUUAACCUCGCGGGCGCUCCCGCCGGAGCCCGCCCCCGCCCUCUUGGGUGGCUCCGGACCCCGGUCCCCGGAGUGCGCCCAGCCGCUGAGGCUGGACGUGCCCCCCGAGGUCAGGUGCGCCGCUGCCCCCGCCCGACCCGCGCUCUCCGCCCCCGCUCCCCGGCUGGGCGUCGGCGGGGGCCGGAGGUUGUCUUUCUCCAGCCACCGGGCCCCCCCUGCCCUGCUCACUCGAGUCCCCUCGGGGGGUACCUCCAGGUACUCCGGGGGGCCCGGGAGGCACCUCCUGUACCUAGGCCGGCCCGAGGGCUACCGGGGCCGCGCCCUGAAGAGGGUGGACAUGGAGAAGCCCCAGCUGUCCCCGAAGCCUCCCCUCGUCGGGCCCUCCUCCCGCCAGGCCGUCCCGAAUGGCGGCCAUUUCAACUUUUAAAGGGAGCGGCCCGCGGCCUCCAGCGGAGGGAGGGAGGGCGGGCGGGCGGGGUGGGGGGUCCUCUCGGCCGCGAGCGGGACGCUCUUCGGGACGCUCCUCAGGACGCCUCACCGCCCCCUCGCCCCGCACCUCCAGCCUUCCGGACCCGCAGAGUCACCCGAGGCCCCUUUCCGCCUCGGGUCUAUUUAUUGACUGUCGACUGUCUUUCCCCCUGCCCUCGAGAGAGGAGUGGGAGGUGAGAAGCCCGUCCCCUCAGUGAGCCAGCACCUCGGGGGGAGCUGGCGGACUCCCACUCCCCGCUCCCUUCCAGCCAAGCUGCCUUAACUCGCCCCUCGGGGCGUCCCCAGACACUGGGCCCCAGGCGGGCCGCGCGGCGGACGGGCUGGGCCGGGGCCGCGCGCUGUGUCCCGAGUCCUCGGGCCUCCGGGGCUGGGACGUGCCUCUCCUACUGUGUAGGAGCCUCCGCUUCCCAAUACAGCAGUGUCCGCAGCCGCUGCCUGACUUUACUCGGCCGGGGAGGGCGGCAGUCGGUCGGCUCGCUCGGGGCGCCCUCGCCCUCCGCCUCCGUCGGGGCCCUGGGCUCUCCCGGGUAAUGGGGUGGCUGCGGUCCCGCCGGGGUGAGUCAGGAAAGGUUUCCCGAAGGAAGCGAGCGAACUAUUGGUGUCGAGGUGAGCCUGGGCCCGGGGGCCCCGGGAGAGGUGGGGUGGGCCUGGGAGGGCCCUCGGAGCUCGUUCCCGGAUCGAGGUAAGAGGGACCUGCUUACAGGCCUAGUCUAUCGGAUGGGGCGGGGGAGGGAACUUUUUGAGAAAUAAAAUGAAGCUGCAGCGUACGUUAA